AUGGUUGAUGUACCUGUUGAUGUUAUUCUGUCUGUGCCAAUGUUCCUCCGAGCAUACCUCCUCUGUAGAUUUAUGGUCUUGCACAGCAAACAGUUUCAAGAUGCAGCAACACGUUCAAUCGCAGCAUUAAAUCGGAUAUCGAUGGAUUUUCGAUUUGUGAUCAAAACGAUGAUGGCUGACCAUCCGCUUAGAGUACUUGUCGUAUUCACCGUAUCCUUCUGGAUAUGUAUGUCCUGGAUGUUUACACAGUGUGAAAGGUACCCAUAA